AUGCCGGUUAACGAGACUCCUAAUAACUUGAAGACAUCAAAACACAAAUCAAAAACAAAGAAAAUAAAUAACGAAAAGGAAGUUAAGACACCAGUACAAGUUAGUGAGAAUAAGAUACAAUACAAUAAUGAAAAUGUCAAUUUGUAUUUGAAUCACUGUUUGAAGAUUUUUCAGUUUCUUCAAGCAAGAAAACAAGCAUUUAGGUUUGGCUUUGGAGAUUGCAGAUAUCCUUUGUUAGAAUCAGCUCAGUUAAUUGAAGAAAUUGUUCAUCAACAAAUGAAUUCAUUGCUUCUUCAGUCAGCUGAAAUAGCAAAUAUACGCAAUUCAAGAUUUAUUGGACCUGAAGAUAUUGUUUUCCUAAUGAGAAAAGACAAGACAAAAAUUUCAAGAUUAUUACAUUAUCUUAGUGUUAAAGAUACAAAAAAUACUAUCACAAAGAAUUGUGGCUUAGAGGAAGAAGAUAUUGCUGAUACAGGAGUUGUAGGUGAAUCAAAAGUUCAACCACGUUUAAAACGAGCUAAAUUAUGUCAAGAUUUUCUUAAUUCUAUAAGCCUUAUUGGAGGAUUAUAUAAUAAAGUUGAAGAUGAAGUUGUGGAUGAAGUCAAGAUAGAAAGAGAAAUUCGUGCAGAUCAACAAACUGCAAAUAUGGAUCAAAAUCAAUAUUUAGAAUAUUCUGAAGCAAGAAGAGCAUCUUUUGGUAAGUCAAUAAUUAUGUUUAUUUUUUUGAGUUUUAUUGUAAUUGUGAUCUUAAAAUAUUUAUUUUUAAAUAAAUUGUUAAUAUAUUUGGAGCUAUUGAAUUUAAUCCUAAUUAUUUCAAGAUUAUUACAUUAUCUUAGUGUUAAAGAUACAAAAAAUACUAUCACAAAGAAUUGUGGCUUAGAGGAAGAAGAUAUUGCUGAUACAGGAGUUGUAGGUGAAUCAAAAGUUCAACCACGUUUAAAACGAGCUAAAUUAUGUCAAGAUUUUCUUAAUUCUAUAAGCCUUAUUGGAGGAUUAUAUAAUAAAGUUGAAGAUGAAGUUGUGGAUGAAGUCAAGAUAGAAAGAGAAAUUCGUGCAGAUCAACAAACUGCAAAUAUGGAUCAAAAUCAAUAUUUAGAAUAUUCUGAAGCAAGAAGAGCAUCUUUUGCUAGAAAGUACCGAUCCACAAAAUUCAGAGAUUGGCUUCUGAAGGAUAACUUGACAGAAAUCAAGCCAAAUCCAAUAGCAAUUGAAAUUUUUCAUUAUUUAGCAUAUGAAACUGUUGCACAAAUUGUUGAUUUAGCCUUGUUGGUGAAACAAGAUGCUCAAGGGAGUUCGUGUGAUCCAUUUACUAGAUUAAUUCCUCCUGUUGUAUAUAAUCCAGAAUAUCCUAAUAUUCAGAUAGCUCAAAAUCUGAAACAAUGUCAAAUUCUAAGACCUGAUUCUCCAUCACAGAUAAUAAUUCAUCCAAAGAUUGAUUUUAAAUUAUUAUUUGAAAAACAGAUUGUUGAUUUAGCCUUGUUGGUGAAACAAGAUGCUCAAGGGAGUUCGUGUGAUCCAUUUACUAGAUUAAUUCCUCCUGUUGUAUAUAAUCCAGAAUAUCCUAAUAUUCAGAUAGCUCAAAAUCUGAAACAAUGUCAAAUUCUAAGACCUGAUUCUCCAUCACAGAGUCCAGCAUCCCCACCUUCUUCACCUGGUUCUCAGGAUAGACCGCAGCAUCCCUCUACUAGCUUAAACAAACCUAAACCGAAGAAAUUUAGAAGGAGUGAUGGAAAAUCCUCCUAUGAUUUGUCCGGAUCUCGAUGCAUUCAGCCUGCUGACAUCAGAGAAGCCAUUCGUAGAUACUGGAAGCCUUCGGGUCCGCUGAUGCUAUUUUCGAAACAUCAUCAUAAUUAUUUGGGAACAAGACUCAUGUGUUGCUAACUCUUUAAAUUAUUUGUACAUAAAUAUUUUAUUGAAAUAUUUGGUCAUACCUUUGUUCUCAAUUUUCAAACAGCAUAAUAAUCAUUUUUCUUACAAGUUAAAUGAUUAUUUAAAAUCAAAACAUUACAUGUUGAAUCCUAUUUAUCAGUUCAGAUAUAGAAUUAAUAAAAAUUGUAAUGACAAGUUGACCUUAAA